AUGCAGAUGGCGUGGCUCGGCCUUUGUGGUCGUUGCCUCAAGUCAGCUCAUGCCGAGGAUGACGACUGCGGCGUACAGUGUGCGGCAUGUGUGAGACCACACAACGUGCUACUGUGCGCCCAUCGAGGAACACGACUUCAAAGGACUACGACGACUAAAUGGGCAGCGCGCUGA